CUUCUCACAAACAUUAUCGUUUUUUUCUCUGAUUCAUUCAUUCCUAAUCCUACCUACCACUGAAUGCAAGCUGCAAUUGCAGCUAUGGCUCUUCACUCUAUCCUCUUCUCCUCCCCUGCUGCUACUUCUUACCCCCUCCUUUUUCCCCUCUCAAACCCUAGCACCAUCUCUAUUCCAUCUUCUUCUUUCCAUGGUGUCUCCCUCAAAACCCCCAUUACUCGUCAAUCGCUAACACUCUCCGUCGCCGCCGCUCCUAAACCCCUUACUGUCGUUGCCGCCGCUAAGAAGGCCGUCGCCGUCCUCAAGGGUACCUCCAGUGUUGAAGGCGUUGUUACCCUCAGUCAAGAAGACAACGGUCCAACAACUGUGAAUGUCAAAAUAACUGGACUGGCUCCAGGACCUCAUGGGUUUCAUCUACAUGAGUUUGGUGAUACCACAAAUGGGUGCAUAUCAACAGGACCACAUUUCAACCCUAAUGGGCUUACACAUGGUGCUCCUGAAGAUGAAGUCCGUCAUGCGGGUGACCUGGGAAACAUAAUUGCCAAUGCCGAUGGCGUGGCUGAGGCUACAAUUGUCGAUAACCAGAUACCAUUGACUGGGCCUAAUGCUGUAGUUGGACGAGCUUUUGUGGUCCAUGAGCUUGCUGACGACCUUGGAAAGGGUGGUCACGAACUUAGCCUCUCCACUGGAAAUGCAGGAGGACGACUGGCUUGUGGUGUGGUCGGCUUGACUCCAAUAUGAUCAUGUUCAUUUAGUCAGACUCAGUAUCCACUCGGUCGGAUCCCUGCUUCAUCUUCAGUUUUCGCAUACUUUGCAAUUGCAAAACUGUAAGUUGAAAUAUUUUCACAUUGUAUGUAGCAAAUAAUCAAUGAGUUUUGUGUGAACACUUGGUGAUAGAUAUGGAACCACUUCUUGAAUAAAUUGUGACUUGAUUAUCGACCAAUCUCAUAAUGCUUGGGGCUUGUUGCACUUG